AUGGAAGAAUCAGACAUUAUUGACGUAAAAUACGACGACAGUAUCACUAUAAAGAGCUAUCCCACGUCAUUUGAUUUAGUAGAUAAUGAUUCCACUCCCGAUAUACGAAAUUUAAAAUACAAGACGAACACUGAUCAUUUGAAUUGUCCUAUUUGUCAACAACCUUUCAUCACUCCACUAACUACCAUAUGUGGACACACAUUCUGCAAAGAGUGCAUAUUAGAGUUUGUUAAAUCACUAAGGAACGGGUCGAAUAAUGACACCACCACCACUACCGGACACUGCCCCCUUGACAGAACACCUAUUGACGCAGCCAAUAUCAAUGACUUGUUCCCCACCCCACUAAUAGUCACAAACCUAGUGGAUGACUUGAAGGUAUAUUGCUUAAACAGUGAACGUGGAUGUGACUGGUCGGGAAGUCGAUGGGAAGUCGACCACCACGUAAUGGAUUUAUGUCCCUAUACGGGUGUAAAGUGCGGAGGACAACGGCACAAUGACCAAGUAUGUGAAUUAAUCGUUGAAAGAAGGUAUUUCAAAAAUGCUGAAGUAAAUGAAUGUAUUCACAAGAUAUUCAACUGUGAAUUUUGCGAUGCCGAGAUAACCAAGAUUACUGAAGAGGAACAUCUAGAUCACGAUUGCUUGUACAAUUACAAAACAUGUGAAUUAUGUGGCAAUGACUCUAUACCGCAAAAGAAUAUGGCCAAACAUCAAGAAAAUUGUAUAAAAAUGGGCAAGAUCAAAUGCCCUGCUCAUGAAAUUGGAUGUAAAUGGGUAGGCUCGAACGAGACCUCAUUGGAGAUACAUCUUCAAAAUGGCAACUGCCAGUUAAAUCAAUUUCUACCUUUUUACGCAUCAAUGAACGAGAGAAUGACUAACUUGGAGCUGGAAAAUCUGUUUUUACAACGACAACUCAACAAGAUACUAGAUUCAAUUAUACAAGGUAAAGUUACAAAUUUGGGAUAUAAUGAAGGCUUGGAGGAAAUCAACAAAUUCUCGGGCGGAGAAGAACAGGAUAAGCUUAUUUACCUAAACUUUGAGCUCGAUCGUCUUAAAUUUGAAAUCAAUGAAAAGUUAAUCCCAUUUAUGAAAAGGUCAAAGAUGAAUGACCAGGAAAAUAUGAUUAAGAAUUUGGUCAAUGAUAAUUUUAUGAUGCGCGAAGAUAUGAAUCUCCAAAGAAUGAUGAUCAAUAGCUUGAGGAAACAGCUACAGUUUAUGUUAUUCUCAAGGAACAGAAGUGUUGGGGUAGGAAACGCCAUGUCUAGCCCAAUGCAUGGUGAUGAUUUCGGUACUGAUUUGUAUGAACUCGAGUCAAGAAGCAGUUCAGAAGAGAGGUUUAAUUUAAAGUUGUAA